AUUCCUUCAUUCAUUCCAUCAGUCACUAUUCACUCAUUCACGGCCCAGUCAAUUCACUCAUUCACGGCCAGUCAAACCGUAUUAUCCUCUUUUACGAUAUCCCCAACGUUCUUUGAGCCUUUAAUUCAUCGUCUGGCGUGUGAUAUCAUCAUACCUAUAUCGCUAUGUCGUCUUCAGUACUCCCGAAUGGACUACUCCAUCUCCUUCUCCUUUCGUGCGCUCUCCCAGCCUUCGCCGCAAUCAAGGCAAAGCCCGUAAUGCUACCCUUAAGCAAACAGUAUGGCAUCGGUCCCGGGGGCAUAUGGUACUCGACGCCGCUCACCGUAGGCUCCACGAACGUCAACCUUACGCUGUCAACUUCCCUCCAACACUCCUGGAUUCCAGGCGCAGAGCUCUGCUCGAGUGCCUCCAACGAAACCGCUUGUCGGGAGCCACUGGGCGGCGAAUUUCCGAGCACCAUCGACGGGGUGGAUUCCGGCAUCGCAAAAGAGUUGGGGGAGAUAUACCCCGAAUCGAAGCUACUUCCUGCGCAAGACAAGGACUCCCAGUCGCCGCUUUCAUUGAGCGGGAAGGGCAAAGUUUCGAAGCAGAAGAUUACGGUGAAAUCCUCCAACGCUGGAUCGUUCGACCUGGGAGAGGACCUGACGAUCGGCGUGUUCACAACCGAGAAACCAAACUUCAACGGCUACCUGAGUCUUCCACAGAUAUCGUCGGAGCUGUUCAAGGCUGGGGCUACACCGGGGAACAAUUUUCACAUGUGGUUGGGACCGAGCGUGGAAUCGAACGAAAGUAGCAUUCCCGCUGAAAAUAGCAUCCGCAAGGAACACCUACUCAUCUUCGGGGGCUACGAUGGAAGCGCAUUCGACCUAAACCAGACGCAGCAGUACCGACUAGGAGAGGAUGGGAAAAUCCAGACGGAGCUGGAAGACUUGAUCUACCGGUGGACUGACACGGGGGAAACCGACAACUCUCUCCUCGAGGACUCCCACGCGGUCGUGAUCGACACCACGACGCCGUACCUCUGGCUCCCACAGAAGAGCGUUGACAAGCUCGUCACCAUGGCCGGUGCAACGUGGAACGACAGCAUGGACGCCUACUCCUUCACCACCUGUUUCAGCGAUUGCACGGUUGAGGAAGACAACAGUCGCUCCGCGAGCCUGGACUUGAUCCUCAUCACUGGCCAGAAGAUCAGCAUUUCCUUUCUCGACUUCUUCCGGGUGCAGACGGGCUGGUGGAUAUACGGGUCGAACUACAAUCUGCCCGUACUUCCCGUGCGCGCACUGAAAGACGAUAAUGAGCCCAUCGUGCUCGGCCGUGCGGUGAUGGCGGCGCUGCACCUAUGGGUCGACUACGACGAGGAGUACUUCGGCAUCAAGGCGGUCAAUCGAACCGAAUACACGUACGCGAAGACCCAGAUCGUCAGCUGGGGCUCGGACCACGCGCCCAUCACCAACACCAGCAUUCUGGCCGCGGCCCGGACAACCUCGAACUCCUCGCCAUCUUCGACCUCCACCUCCACCUCAACCAGCUCAAAUUCCGACGACAAAGGCGGAGUACCGAUCACGCUGAUCGCGGCCGCUACCGGCGGCGCCGCCGUAGCCGCCGUCCUCGGCGGCAUCCUCGCAUGUAUUCUGCUGCGGCGCCGCCGCGAGAAAAAGCGUCUCGCAAACCUUGCGCCCACGAACCGCUACAGCCGCCAGGAGCUGCCCACGGACCGGAUUCCCGCCACCACCACGACCACGGGUCCGCCGACACAGUUUGCUUCGGAGCUGCCACAGGCGGGCGAGUACUACCAGCUCCACGAGCUGGAUAGCAAGGUCACACUGCCGUACCAGGCACACAUGUCGCCUGCGCCGGGAUAUAAGAUGCCCACCGGGCAUGGGCACGGGCACGGGCACGCAGAGGCGUAUCCCGCGGGUCCGGAUUAUAAGCCGCCGGCGCAAGAGCCCUACUACGGCGGGUAUCACCCACAGGGCGCGCAGCCGAUGCCGAUGCAUCAGGUUUCGAUACACGAGAUGCCGGCGCAGACUUGGAGAUAAGUGGGUGGCCGUUCGGGGUGGGACUUGUCUCGUGUAGGUAUCAUGUAUGAAGGUUUUUGUAUGUACAACGACUUAUGUACUAGUAGUAGUUUUGCUUUGGAGA